AUGAGCAACUGUUACAUUGGUGGUGCUCGUCUUUGCCUAACAGCCCCCAAAACACUGAGCAAUGAUACAUUCUAUACGGCUCAACCAUUGAUCUUUUGCCAAAUUCUUUCCAAUACAAAUGAUACCCUAGGAAAAUUCGUUCGUGUCACCAUUGAACUAAUCAAAGCGGUCAAUCGAACAGAAAGUCUAGAUGAAGGUGGACAAACAACUUACAGUGGUGUUUGGAUACCAAGGUUUAUCGCAGAAGGCACCAGUGACAAAAUGAGUUAUGACCAGUAUGGUUCUUAUACUCGUUACUUAACUAUUCAACAUAUAGUUGAAGUCAAAUUGAAAGAAACUUCAUUUUUCAUUAUGAAUAUUCAACAACCGAUCACACGAAAAGGCGAAGCUAUUUUCAAAGAUAUACUUUUUUCUACCAUGUGUCUUGAAUUUUGUGCUAUCGCAUUUCUUCUAUUCAAACUAGCAAUUUUACCACUACUUAAACGCUUGCUCAAAAAAUUGCAUCAAUAUGAUUUUUGUAAAAAGCGUUUCGAACAACAUAAUUUAGAUGAAACCACACUCGAUAAAAUAUAA